AUGACUCAAGACAGCAGAAAUGUUCUAAUACAUAGGGCUCGAUUUGCUGAUUUUAAAGGUGCAAAUAUCACAGCGCUUGCAUUCUCACACGCUUCAAAAUCGGACAAAAGAACGCCGUCUGACUUAAGAUUGGCUUUGGGCAGAUCCAAUGGCGAUAUCGAGAUUUGGAACCCUCGUAACGGUUGGUGUCAAGAACUUACGAUCCAGGGAGGUAAAGAUCGCACAGUCGAAGGUUUGGUGUGGAGCAAUUUGCCUGGUGAGCCAUUACGACUUUUCUCGAUUGGUGCGUCUACAGUGGUGACGGAGUGGGAUUUGAGCUCGGGACUGGCAUUGAAAAAUUACGAUUGCAACGCAGGUGUGAUCUGGUCUUUGGCCCUUAACUCUGCACAGACACAAUUGGCAGUGGGUUGCGACAACGGAUGUGUCGUCCUCAUCAAUAUCUCUGGUGGGCCAGGUGUAAUGGAGCAUGAAGCCGUACUACAAAGACAAGACUCCAGAGUGUUAUCGGUGACAUGGAAAGGAAGCGACUACGUUAUAGGAGGCUGCGCUGAUGGCAGAAUACGAAUCUGGCGCGCUUCGAACAGCGAGGAAAUGCGAGGCAGAAUCGUGCACACCAUGAAGGUCGACAAGUCCAAAAAGGAAUCCACAUUGGUGUGGAGCGUUCUUUAUCUACCAAACAAAAACCAGAUUGUGUCUGGUGACUCCACUGGGUCGGUGAAAUUUUGGGACCUUCAAUAUGCGACGCUAACGCAAACCUUCAAGAGCCACGAAGCAGACGUCCUGUGUUUGUCCACUGACGAGACGAACACGAAGGUCUUCAGUGCCGGUGUUGACCGUAAGAUUUAUCAGUAUAACCUCUCUGCCGUUAGCGCAGCCAAGAAAACUUACAAGUGGAUCGUGGCUUCCAACAGAUUAUUGCAUUCUAACGACGUCAGGACGAUGACUUCGUACCAAUCAAGAGGUGCUGACUUCCUUGUCUCCGGUGGUCUAGAGAAAAACCUAAUCGUCAGCUCGAUCUCUGCUUUCACAGACAGUACUUACACGAAAAUCCCCUACUCGGCCCCAUUUCACAAGAAUGCCCUUUUCAACUCUCAACAGCGUUUGUGCGUAGUAUGGCAACAAUCUUGUAUCAGAAUAUGGGCCAUAAGUGCCGAUUCCAGUGACGAAAAGGGCUACAAACUUCUCUGUAAGCUGUCAUUGAAAGAUGAACAGAACAUUUCGACGUGUGCAAUGUCGGAGGACGGUCAGGUACUUAUCGUCGGUAGGCCCAGCACUACGAAACUAUUUCACUUGCGUCCUUCGAAUGGAAAAUUGAAAGUUACCAAGCUAGAUAACGAUUUCCUGCUUAAAACUGGAACCAAGCACGUCAAGUUCAUUGACAACUCGAAAAUAAUUAUGGUGUCGUCAAAGAACGAAGUGUUUUAUCUCGAUCUAGAAGAUGAGGAUGCAGAUGAAAAAGCAUCAGAAAUUGAACUCCCGGACCAACCGGAGGAUAUUUCAGUUUCCAAGAUUCCACACAUUGCCUCGAUCAAUCAUAUCGAGUGCAGGGGAUCACUCGCUGUGAUAACGCGUAUAUGUGGUACAAUGGAUCUUAUUAAUCUAAAGAACUACACGGCGGUCUCUGUCGCGCGUGUAACUAAUUUCAUCACUGCUCUCCACCUAAGCCAAAGAGAUACCGCUCUGGUCGCAACCGCUGACAAUAAACUGUUGGAAUUUUCUCUCAAGGAAACCGAUGAAUCGCACAUAGGUACAAUGUCUGAAUGGUGCAAAAAGAACAAAGAUUUCUUGCCCAAGGACUUUGGUUCUUCUAAAAACAAAUAUGUUGGAAUUUUCAGCGAUGGGCGCUCACAGGACAGAGUGUGGCUGUGGGGCAGCAACUGCUUGGCAAGCUUUGAUAUGUCACAAGAUCUUCCGAUCAGCACUCGGAAAAGACCAAAAAAGCAUAGGAUUGAUGGCAACACUGUCACGGAUAGAAAUAGUUACAUUGACGGAGGCGAAGAAGAAGAUGAGGACGAUGACGAGCUCGAGAGCACAGAACCGUUGUUGAAGGAAAGACCCACACCUGAACAAGUUGCGAAGCGUGUCACAAAGGACAGCAAUUCAUUUUUCUUCACCGAAAAGUAUAAAUCGAUGUUGCUAGUCGACGUGUUGGCUGAUCAUGAACUUGUGGUAAUCGAAAAUCCCGGCACAUCAAGAGUAACGUCAACGCCUGCUUUUGAUCUUCCUAAAUUAAUAGUCUAG